AUGGCACACAAAACUCUACUCAUAUGGCUAACUUUAUACCUUUAUCUAGCUUGUUUGGCAUCAACUUUACAAGCUUAUGAUUAUAAGGGUCACAAACAUCCAACGGGUGGAAAACAUAAUGGAUCGGUGCCUCACAAAAGUUACGGUGGAAAGAAACCGGGUGGUAAAGUUAUGAACUUGAUAGACUCGUGCUGGCGUUCAGACCGCAACUGGGCAUCCAACCGAAAAGCCUUAGCCGAUUGUGUUGUGGGCUUUGGCAAUGCUGCCAUAGGAGGAAAGAAUGGGAAGAUAUAUGUUGUCACCGAUCCUUCCGAUGAUGCGUCGAAUCCAAAACCGGGGACUCUUAGAUAUGGAGUAACUAGGUCAGAGCCGUUAUGGAUUAUUUUCAAGCAUGACAUGUCGCUAGUCCUUGAAAACGAGUUAUUGGUUAAUAGUUUCAAGACAAUCGACGGGAGAGGUGCCAAAGUUGUGAUUUCGAAUGGACCAUGCAUUACGAUACCUAGUGUGAGCCAUGUGAUUAUUCAUGGGAUUAGUGUUCACGAUUGCAAGCCAAGUAAGCCUGGCAUGGUGAUGAGUAAUCCGUAUCAUGUGGGAGAACGAGAAGGAUCCGAUGGAGAUUCCAUAACUGUAUUUUCUUCUACCGAUAUAUGGAUCGAUCAUUGUUAUCUAGCUAGAGCAACCGACGGUCUUCUAGAUGUCACCCAUUCCUCGACUCGUGUUACUAUCUCUAAUAAUUAUUUCACCCAACAUGACAAAGUGAUGUUGCUCGGUCAUAGAGAUGGAUACACCGAGGAUGAAGGUUUGAAAGUCACGGUAGUUUUCAAUUACUUCGGACCCAAGCUAGUGCAACGUAUGCCUAGGGUUAGAUAUGGUUAUGCACAUGUGGCCAACAACCGGUAUGACGAAUGGAUAAUGUAUGCCAUCGGUGGGAGCUCAGAUCCAACUAUCUUAAGUGAAGGAAACUACUUUGUUGCAUCGAACGAUCCCAUUGCUAAACAGGUUACAAAGAGGGAGACUGAUGAGAAAUGGGCUGGAUGGAAAUGGAAGUCAUCUUCAAAGGAUGUGUUCAUUAAUGGGGCAUAUUUUGUUCCUUCUGGAUAUGGAAGUUGUGAUCCUCCUUACAAUAAAGCUCAAGUUUUUAAUGUUGCUCAAGGUUCUAUGGUUCCUUCAUUGACUUCCGAUGCUGGCCCUCUACAUUGUCAACCAUAUCAAGCCUGCUGA